UAUUAAUAAUUUAAACAACGGAAGUUCAGAGACAGCAACACCAGGAACAGGGAGUAAAGAUGAUUAAAAUAACCAUGGCAUUUGUUUCAUUCGAUUCACCAGAGAGAUUCAUUGGGAAUUCCGAAAUGUCAUACCAACUGUGGGAGACCUUAAAAUGCGUUCACAAGGAAGGUGCAUUAUUGCAUACUUGCAUUUCUAGUAUAGAAGGUGAGUUUAAAACAAUAUUGACGUCAAAUUUUGCUAACAUUAAAUAUUAAAAUCCCGAAAUAGAACGGCAGGUUUGGGGUCUAGCACUUGGUAGAACAGUCAUCCACUUUCGGCAUCUACCGGUUUCCCUUUGCAGGGAUGCUGGUUGAUUGGCUGAGUUUUUCCAGCAUUUGUGUUUCUGUCACGGAUUCCAGCAUCUAUUGUCAGACGUCGGCCUGGUGCAGAGGUGAGCGAUUCGGAAUGUAAUCGUGUCAAUAAAAUGCGGAAGGCUUUUCAGUUUCAGGAUUACACCCAUUUGCUUACAAGAAGAAAUGGGGACACUUUCCGUUAAAUGAACGAAAAUAACAUGUUUUUUUAAUAAUGACACUUGGUCAGGAGCUACUACAAUUCGACGUGUUCCCAUCGGAUUUAAUCGGCCAGGCGCUCCUUAACAAAUGUCUUUGUCCUAGUGCUCUGAAGCGUCAGCCACAUUGCAACGUGCAUUAACGUUACCUUAAAUAUAUAAGAAUAAUCACAACCAAGUAGUCACAUUAGCCGUGAUCGGGAUAGUGUAAAGCCUUCGGGUUUUUUUUGGCGGGGGUGGAGAGAGAGUCGGAUCCUGAAUGAUAUUAACGGAAAUGGAAAUGUGUAUGGAAAUCUGACGCAUUACUUUAAACCACCUUUGGAUUAAGUAAUCAAAAACCUGUAAGUGGCAACACCCUUUCCCCUCCCCUUAUCCACUCCCUUUCCAACUUGUGCCACGUCAGGAACUUAUCGGGAAUACUGCGAUCUUUAUCUAAUUCUGAUGUAUCUGAGCACAAGCGCAGUCGAAAGCCCGGCGCUGGCCGACUGCCUCCCUCCUGCGGAUUCCAGCCUUUCCAGUUAAUUACUUUGAUCGUAUUUACUGCAGUGCUCCAAGAUUGCGUUUAAUGUGAUGUCAUCUUAGGUUCAUGCAUAUCUAGAUUAUGAAAAUAAAUUAUGCAUAGAAGUUUGUGCCGACGGUUGUCUUUAGCUGCUUCCGCCAGUAUUGUGCUAACCACGUACUUGACUGUGCGAGAGUUCCUCCUGGUCAGCCGUUCCUAUACUUUACAGGAAAGAGUCGGAGGCAGAAGCCCUGCCCCAACAGUGACUGUGCUCAUCUGGUGGUAUCCGUUCGGCAAGGAAACCGAGAUCAAAAACUGCGCGACUCUCUACAACAUUCACGGCUGUCGCUUGACAACAGACCGACGGCUUUAUGUUCGUUCACAGGCUGUAAUCAUACAUCACCGAGAUUUGGAACACAAUCUGUAUCAGCUUCCCCCAGGACGGAGACCUAUUUCCCAGAAAUGGGUCUGGAUGAAUUUCGAGUCUCCCAGUCACUCUUCCCGGUUAAAGAAACUAAACGGUAUCUUCAACUGGACGAUGACUUACAAGCGUGAGUCAGACAUUUUCGUUCCUUAUGGAUAUCUCUAUCCCAGAGAAAGGGGAGAUCGGCGGAUAGUGCUGCCCAGGAAAACUAAGUUGGUGGCUUGGGUCAUCAGUAACUGGAAUGAAGAUCAUGCACGGGUUAAAUAUUACCAUCAGCUCAAGAAGUAUAUGAACAUUGACGUAUAUGGAAAAUAUGGCCUGGAUCUUAAAAACGACAAUGUUGUUCUGACGGUAUUGCCGUAUAAGUUCUAUCUGGCUUUCGAAAAUUCGCAACAUGAGGACUACAUAACCGAAAAACUUUGGAAAAAUUCCUUUUUGUCCAGCGCUGUGCCCGUGGUCCUGGGACCGAGCAGAGACAACUAUGAGCAGCACAUCCCCGCGGAUUCUUUUAUCCACGUCGAUGAUUUUUCGACUCCCAGGAAACUGGCCGAGUAUUUGAAGUAUUUGGAUAAAGACGAGGGAAGCUAUAAAAAAUAUUUCGAGUGGAAAAGGCACUACAAUGUGCAUCUGACAAAGUUCUGGGAUGAGCAAUACUGCAAAGUAUGCAAAGCUGUCCAAAGUGCUGGGAGGCAAUACAAGACUGUCUCAAAUCUAGCAACUUGGUUUCAGUGAUUGUAGUUUGCAGGUGCACAUUUCUGUUUCAAAAACAAAGGUGGGAGUGGCAGCGAGUACUGUUAAUUGUGAAGAUUGUGGAAUCUGCUGCAUUAUUGCGGGAUGUACAAAACUUAAAGUGCAAUAUUGAACGCAUAAAUUUACUCCUAAAUACUAUAAUUCUUUAAGUAUAAAUUAUUAAUUUAUAAACAAUAAUAUUGAAGUACUGCAUUAUUUUGAUUCUAGAAAAUUAAGGCCAAUUGCCAUAAAACUUGAACUGAUUGUUAAAAAAUGACUGCAAAAUGUGGACCUCUCAAUGAAGAUGCAAUCUUAUUUAUAUCCUGUAAGGUCCGGGAUGAAAUGAACUCGCAUCAGUUCAACUCUCCAGUUAACUGGGCAGCGUAAAUUCGCAAGAGUUUUUUUUUAAAAAUCUCCAUCUGCCACAAGGUGCUGUUUGGUGCAGUGCAAACAUAAACUGAUAAUAUUUGUUGCCAACCACUGCUGCUGCCAGACACUGGAAGCUGAUUGUUAGAAAACUGGGGACCAUUUCUGGAUUUCACCUACAGCCAAGUCAUUAUGCUAGAGUAAAGCCGGAGAAACUUGCAUUACACUGCAACUUCUAUUACCAUUAUAACUCCAGAUAUUGUUGGGAAUUUGUAUCAUGAAGAUGGUGCAUCAACUGUAUUCUCGGUUAUUAACUCAUAAAAUCAUAAUAUGUGGAGUAUAUAAGCUGCACCAUGAAACUGCAAAUUGCUGGACGAUUUGUGCUGCUCUGCCACGAGCCUUGCUAAAUCUCUUUUUCUUAUGACUUAUUUGAAAUUUAUGGACAUUGUGAAAUCAAUAGAUUUACAACAUUAUUAAUAUUAUUCCUGCUUUAGCCACUUAUGGCUGGGAAAUAAUGUAAUUAAGGAUCAUGUAGUUUCUGUCUUGGCAUUUUGUCAAGACAAGCAGAACAACCAAAGGCUACACCAUUUUAGUAUUUUCAUAACUUAUUGAAUAUUGUACAGCUUGACAUUGUGAAAAUUAUUGCCUUCCAACGUGAAAAGGAUUGUGAAUGGCAAGAUUGGCAUUAAGGUUCAAAUAUAAUUAUAUAUUCUGAUUUCACAUUUCCCAAUAAUUAAUGUAAAAUGAACAGCAUCUUAUUUUGCUUGGCCUUUUUACAACUCAGUACUAAAAAUAAUCACACUGCUUUCCAAUUUGUAAAUUAUGAUCCUUUUCUAUGUUUAUUUAUCUGUUAAAUGUUCUUUCUUUCUGUUAUUUUAUUGCAAUAGCAUAUUUAUUGGAAUAUCAUGUUGUGAACUAGCUGCAUUUCAGUUCAUUUUGGAUUAAGUAACCCGAGACAUUCAUUAAGAAAGUACUUUAAGAUUAAUGUUUUAUUUAGGAUAAUUGCUCUGAACAGGAGUUUCAAGUAAGCUGCAGUCAGAUCAGAUUUCAUCCCAAGUAGAAAUACUGAUAUAAAACAGUUAUUUAUUUAGAAGUAUAUCAAACAUCAACCUUUAAAGACAAUGUAGUAUUGGUGUAUUUGAGACUUUUGUGACUUGAUUCUAAUGCAGCAUGUUUGUCAGAUCAAUGUCAUUUUGAACAUGGGUGUUUUAUUAGGUCACAUGUAUGGCAUGUUUCUUUUAAAAUUGUGAGGAAAUUCUUAGACAUGCCCUAUAAAAAUGUUUUAAAAAUCAACUCUCAUAAGAACAGAAUUUCACAUUAUGGUUUUGUAACUCAUUUAGUUCUUGUAAUGAAAGAAAUGUUGCCUUUUUACUGAUUCUACAUAGUUUUCAAUUUUUUUUGCAAGGAAGUAAAGCCUAAGAUUCUCUAAGCAGCUCUGAAAGAAGUUUCUAUUUUAUUUGUGGUAGUACAGACAAUUAAAUAGUAGCAAAUUAAAA